AUGCCCCCUUCCUCCAGACAGACAUUCGUUGCUGGUGCUGAGGACCCCGGCACCCGGGACAGUAUUGGCUUCUCUAGUGGCUGCCACUUUGAAGACAGGAACCUCUUGGCCGUGGACGAUCUCUCUGGCCUCAUCAUCCUCUGGCGCUGGGUGCCCACGGGCUGGACAAUGCAGCUGGCCGUGGCAGCCCUGUUUCUGGGCCUCACGGUGGUGGUCCCCAGAGUGCAGAACACAGAUGACCAGUGUGUAAGCUUGCCUGUGCCGGUCCAGGAUAUCUCCUUCUGCACGGGCAGCCUUGACAUCUCCUACCCAGAGGUGCAGAACAUCAGCUGCAGGAUAGUCCCUGACUGCAACGACUACAGGCUGAAGAUCACCAGGUGGCCGGCUCCAAGGGUCACGUUCCCGGGGGCUUCGGAGGGGUCAAACUACCUCCUGGUGAUGGUGGACCCAGACGCCCCCAGCAGGGCUACGCCCAUUUAUCAGUACUGGAGACACUGGCUGGUGACAAACAUCAGAGGCUCUGACAUCAGGGAAGGGAGGAUACAGGGCCAGGAGAUAUCGCCCUACCAGCCUCCCACCCCUCCAGAAACUACUGGCUUCCAUCGCUACCAGUUCUACAUCUAUGCCCAGAGAACACAGGACAUCUCUCUCCUUCCAACGGAAACCUCGACUCCAGGUCUUUGGAAUUUGGACCAGUUUCUGCGCCGCUUCAACCUGGGCAUACCAGAAGCAACCACCCAGUUCAUGACCCAAAAUCAAAAUGACUCGCCACCCGUCCGGGCUCCUGAAGGAGGAGGAGGAGGAGGAGGAGGAGGGGGAGGGGGAGGAGGGGGAAGCAGUGAGCCCCAAUACAAAUCCAAACAGGUCUCAGGCUUAGUCUUGCAGGUGUGCAUCCACAUUGCCCACUGCCUAUGGUCUGGGUAA